AAAAUUUAUUGAUUUUAUUGAAACCUUAAGAGAACUAAAAUUGCAAAGAAAAAGAAAAUAAGAAAAAAACGGAAGCUUCAUGACGAUUCCCCGAGGGAGAAAUCCGGUUUAAUCGCUGGAGACGGCGCAUAUAACAACACGCAUUUAAUUAACUCGUCUUCUUCUUCUUCUUCUUCUUCGUCUUCUUCUUCUUCGUCUUCGUCUUCUUCUUCUUCUUCAACUCUGUAAAAAUGGAGACGAUCUAGUACUAUUACAACUUCCUCUCUCUCUCUCUCUCUGUCUCAAAUCACACUCUCUUUCAUAUUCAUGGCGACUCACCAUUCGACUCCUCUAGAGCUUAACGGAAAGUCAAUGGAAAACUCAGAGUGGACGGAGGAGGAGGAGGAAGACGAAGAUGUAGAAGAUGACUUCAAGGAGUGUGUUGAAGAAUCGAAUGGUUCUUUAACGCCUGUGAUCAAUGAUAACUUGGAUUGGAAUGAGGUUGAGAAACAGAAGGUUGCGAUCAUGAGAGCUUUUGUUGAAAAGGAAGACUCCUCUGCUAAGGAUGUAGAUGAUUUCAUGAUCCGAAGGUUUUUACGAGCUCGUGAUUUAGAUAUAGAGAAGGCUUCUGCCAUGUUUCUAAAGUAUUUGAGCUGGAGAAGAUCUGCUAUUCCUAACGGAUUUAUAUCACCGUCUGAGAUAUCAACCAAUCUUUCUCACAACAAGUUGUUUAUGCAAGGUGUUGAUAAGAAGGGACGUCCAAUUGUAGUUGGCUAUGGUAACAGGCAUAAACAGGGAAAUCUAGACGAGUUUAUUCGUUAUGUAAUCUUUAUUCUAGAGAAAAUAAGUUCCAGGAUGCCAAGUGGGCAGGAAAAGUUUGUGUGUAUUGGUGACCUUCAAGGAUGGGGAUACUCUAACAGUGAUAUUCGUGGAUAUCGAGCAUCUCUACAAAUCUUGCAGGAUUGCUACCCUGAGAGGCUGGGCAAGUUGUAUAUUGUACAUGUUCCUUACAUAUUCAUGACAGCAUGGAAGAUGGUUUACCCAUUUAUUGACAAGAAAACCAAGAAGAAGAUAUGCUUUGUGGAGGACAAAAAGCUGAGAUCCACACUACUUAAUGACAUCGAUGAGAGCCAACUCCCUGAUGCAUAUGGAGGCAAACUUUCACUAGUUCCAAUCCAAGACUGCUAAAUAAAUGACCAUCAAACAAAUACAGUUGCAACGUAACUGAUGCAAUCCAAUCUCUCUCUAUCAAAAAUCUUUUAAGGUCAAUACUCAUUACCCUUCUCUUUUUCUCUCUCUACCUUUCUUUUACUUGUUUUCUAGUUAUGCUUCUAAGGUUUAAUUAAAAUAGUAUGUAUAAGCUUUGAAAUAACUCUACUACAGAAGUUCUAUUGUAGAAAUCAUACUCCUAUCUAUGUUACUACUGAACUCAAAGAUGAGUUAUUCUUAUUAUUCCCAAUUUUAUGAAUAAUGGUCAUACUAUAGUUUGGUUCCUAAA